UGAAGCGCAGCUCGGCAUAUUUUAGACGCUGCUUAUGCUUUGUGGUUAAACUCUUGCUUAUCGUAUUAUGAACUAUUUCAUGUCUAUUUAUAUGAAAGGCUGCUCCGCUUGUCUUCUUCUGUUCUAUGGUAGCGGAAUGGUGGAAUGACAGCUAAAAGAUCCGAUCCUAUCGUCGAUAAUAAUACGGCUGCUUUCAAAAAAGACAGAUCAGAGUUUAUAACAUCGCCUGUUGAUUAUCGCAGGAAAAAUGCCCUGCAUGACCGUGAUUUGCGUGAUUACCUGAAAUUUUCAGAAAACUUUAAGAAACUAGUGAGAUCUGGCAUAUUGCUAUCGGACGGCCGCAUAAUUUGUAGCGACGAGCAAUGGGCACAGACAAAGGAAGCUCUGAUCAAUAAGAUACUAUCAACAAUAUACGGACGAAGCAAAUCUGCAUCUCCAGUUACAAAAGUUGGAAGAAGCAGAACUUCUCUAGGCGCUGCAUCAUCUAAAGCGGAAGUUUCACCACUAAGGCGUGGGUCAGGAGCCGGCAGAAGCAGUAGUCAUCAUUUGCCAGGGAGAAUAUACGAAACCACUUCUCAAAGCAGUGACGAAAUUUGGGGAAAUAUGUCGAAAAACGAUCCAGGAUCAUCUAAGGAAGGUGCACAGAGCCGUAAAGGUAGUGCAUAUUCUCGAGAUGGCCUAUCCAAGCGAUAUUCACAAUCAGUUCAUCAGACUGUAACAGGUAAAGUGGUCCCAGGGAAAGGACCAAGUAGCAGUGGAUUGACAAGUGAGCGAGGCCAGUCUCAACAAAAGAAAAGUUUACGAGAACAUGACGCAAUAAAUAAGCAAAGGAUAAUCGAUGAACUUCGGAGAAAUGAGCGCAAGAAGCCAGGGCAAGGCAAGCAAUAUCAGAGUAAAGAGCAUAUAAAGACGAAGAUACCCGAUGGGGACGAAAAACGAAAUGAAGAAAAUAUGAACCAAGAAUCCACGAAACGAGCUACGCAGCGAGAUGCUGCUAUUUUGAAAACUUUGGGGCAAUCAGCAGAUAUUUUAAAUGCUUUGAAAAGCGGUCUAGGAGGUAACGUUAUUAAGGCCUUUAAUGAAGGAUAUUAUUUGCAGCCUGCCGCAGCUGGUGCAGAGAGUGAUCCACUGGAGACUCUUCUAUUGGACCUGUUGAAUAGGCAAGACAGACUGUUUCGUGCUUUAGGGGAAAGAAAUGUUGCUGAAAUAUUAGGCUUUUUGGAUCUCACUCCAGAAUCUAUUUUGGUGAGUCAAAAACCCAUGUAUGAACAGUACAGCCCGCAUGUACAAAUGAAGAAAAUGAUUCAUGACCUUCAGAGUAGGUCAGUGACAGAGGAAAUUUUCUACAAAGAAGCCGCAGAUCUUGUAAAAAUGAUGAAUCCGGCGCAGAUCGUCCGACACAUAGCGAUGUGUGCUGCCUCCGCGGCAGCAACCCGUCGAAUCCUGAAAGUGACCUCGAAGCCAGUCGCGGCCGACCGGUUCGGCUUGACCUGGUCGACGGAGCGUCCCAGUCGCGACAGCGUCGCGUCGCUGGCGGUACGGCUGGUGGAUGGCGCCAUAGGACAGGCCAGGAAUGUCCACGCAUACCUGACCGCCGGCAGUCAAGUGAACCUCAGUCAGCUGGGGAUUGGCAACCCAGACCCACUGGUUGCCGUGCCCCGCCACAUCAGCGUGGGAGUGCUUACGAUUGAGCCGUAUAGUGACGAGCACGUCUCCUUCAGCGACAAGAGCACUGUGCUCCGACGUCCGCUGGAGGGCGGCCUGGCCGUGGCAGACUUGAAGCCAGUGCUGGACCGGCCUCCCACACCCAUCCCAGACGCUGAGAGAGUUCAGAGGAAGUCGAGAGAGCGCCUUGAACGCAUUGAAGCCGAAAGCGCCAUCAUAGAAGCCAAGAAAAAGGCUCGAGAACUGGUGAAAGAAAUCAGGAAAGACUCAGAAAAGCGACUAAGGAGGCGGCUCAAACAAGAGGGAGUAAAGCAUGAGCGCAAGCUUUUGGAAGACAUCAAAAGAGUUAUGCUCAGUGAAAAUAGCAGCGAAAGGCUCAAAGACCGUGUAUACACGAGGCUUGCUGAUUGGAAGGCAAUAGAAAGCGAGAGAAAUCAGCACUUGGCCCGUGUAGUAGAGUCAAUAUCCGACCUGGUUCCCCACGUUGUUGGCGCGCAAAAAGACCGCUUCAUACGAAGCAUCUCUCGGCAGAUGUCAAGCAUUGUUGCAAUGACACUGAAACAGGCUCAGGAGCUGAUGCAAGAGGCGAUCAAGACAACGAACAGUCAGACUGGGCCGGAGAAAAUGAGCGCUGACGAGGACAGUGACGAAUUUGAAUCGGUGAGCUCAGCAAUGCUGGACGAGACACUGCCUGAUGACCAGUUAGAGGGCACUGAGGGGGAGCAGGACACGUUCCGACCCAGGUUCGGUGACGAUGAACUGCACCUGAGCCAAACCGUGGCGGCCGGGGGGCUGGCCGCCAUUUCGGUGAAGCACAGUGAGGACGGCGGCGGCCACAAGGGCCACAGCCACGCGCCUCCCGUGUCGCACAUGAAGCAAUUCUUUAAGAACCGCGCUUCAAUGCCUGCCAUCUCGACCACGGCGGAGAGCAGUGGCGCAGCUCGGAGCCAGCGUCAUUCGAUGCCGGCCGCUCUGCCCGAGUGCAUGGACCCGGGCCAGCUGCACGGCCGGCACAGCUUUUUGUCGGUCACGCAGCCGGACGUCAAGGUGCUGCCCGAGUACCGGCACAAGACGCAGCGCCAGGUGGAGUCUGUGCUGCACGAGCACUCGGCGUUCGGCCGGCUGCAGCAGCUCUGCGCGUCGCCGGCCGGCUCCGACGACGGUUCGGUGCUGGUCUCGGAGGACCUCGGACAGCCCGACGAGGAGCUCGUGCCGACGGCGCGGCGCCGGCGACAGCCGCUGCCGGCCGCCGGCGAGGAAGACGACGCGCUGUCGGAGCUGCCGCCCACUGACGAGGACCACGGACGCCGCGGUGCGCCGCGCACCGUGGCUAGCGUGCCGACCGCGCUCCGAGCGCCGGCCGCCGCGCCGUCGGCGGCCACCGGUAAGACACAGAGCCUUACAUCGCGUGUGAUGCUGCGAUGCGACUCGGACCCGAGACUCUCGCUACGCACCAGUACAGCCGAGGUGCACGUGGACGUGCACGAGCACAGCGCCCAGUGCGAUCAGCACCAGUCGCACCACGAGGAGGCCGCCGAGCUGCAGGUGCUCGAGAGCUCGGCGUUCGGCAUCAGCGCCGAGCGCACCGUGUCCGAGUCGGGCGCGGUCGGCGCCGGCCCGGCGGCGGCGGCGGACGCGCGCCGGUCCGGCUCGGCCGACGGCGGCCCGCUGACCCACUCGGACAUCGACAGCGACGAUGAGGCCGAGCUGAGGGUUCGCCACCCGAGCGGCGAUAACCUGCCGCGCACCGGCGCGCCCUCGCGCUACUACUGACUGGCGACGAGACGUGCUCGCACGGUAACUCACCGAAUGGCUCCUGUUGUACCUUGGCUUGGAAUUGAAAUGUGCUGACAAAGCGUUGGCUGAAUCGUAUCACUGCGGUAGGGAUUUGCCAGAAACGGUGUGAGAGAUAGCAUCGCCAAUGGGUCGGCUCUCACCUGGCUGCAGUGUGGCACACGGCUCUCACCUGGCUGCAGUGUGGCACACGGCUCUUACCUGGCUGCAGUGUAGCACACGGCUCUCACCUGGCUGCAGUGUAGCACACGGCUCUCACCUGGCUCUCACCUGGCUGUAGCACACGUGACGCUCGGUAAUACAAGCGAUCAGGGUUUGG